UACUAUAUAAAAACGCAAUACGCCGAAAUACGAACACGCAUGAUUGGAAACAGUUUCAAACACAUCUUUGACAAAAUUUAUUAAAAUAAUAUCUACUAAAGAAAGGAUACAAAUAAAAUUUAACUUUAAUUCACUGACUGUUGUUUUUUUUUGGCGUACACGCGUAUAUAUACGUUAUGUCUAUUUAUCAAGAAAGGAAAAAAAACGAUCGUUUCACGACGACAAAAGACAUUAUGUCGUUGGAUACUCUUGGAAUCGUAGGAGUUCCAGUGAGCAAAGGCCAGCGUCGUGACGGCACAGAGAAGGGCCCAAAGGUGUUACGUGACGGCGGACUGAUCGAGAAACUGACGCGUUUUGGUUGGAACGUCACAGAUUACGGGGACGUCAAUUAUGAAUACGUCGACGAUGACUUGCCGUAUGAACAUGUCAGAAAUCCAAGAAACGUCGCCAGCAUUUCAUUAAAUACAGCGGACCUGGUGGAGCGAUGUUUACGGGCGGAAGGACGCUGUAUCGCGUUGGGCGGCGAUCACAGCAUGGCUAUCGGAACCGUCAUGGGUCACGCGCGCAUCCACCCGGAUUUGGCGGUGCUCUGGAUUGAUGCGCACGCAGACAUCAACACGCCGCUGACGUCAGAGAGCGGUAACAUUCACGGGAUGCCGCUGUCGUUUUUGGCGCACGAGCUGGACAACUAUAUCUCGUAUUUGCCCGGAUGGGAGGAAGUAAAGCCAUGUAUCAGCGUGGACCAGGUGGCGUGGAUCGGUCUGAGAGACGUGGACCCUCUGGAGAGGGCCAUCGUGGAGAAGUUCAACAUGAACUCGUUCAGUAUGCAGGAAGUGGAUCAAUUUGGCAUCCGAAGGGUCCUCGACAUGGCGCUAGAGGCGGUCGACCCGACCGGUACCAAACCCAUUCACGUGAGUUUCGACGUCGACUCGAUGGACCCACUGUACACGCCCAGUACCGGAACUCCCGUCAGUGGCGGUCUGUCUCUCCGAGAGGUGUGCUACAUAGCGGAAAUCGUGGCGCAAACAGGUCGGCUUGCGGUUAUAGACAUUGCGGAGGUAAACCCGACGCUCGGUGACAAGAACGACGUCGACCUCACUGUGAAGACGAUGAUUGACGUCGUCUCGCAUUUCUACGGCCAGCGUCGUCAAGGCAGCGCCCCCGAAGGCGCAGAGAUUCCCAUUUCGACUACGAAACGAGUCCCGUUGAAGCCCAGACUUGUUCGGACAAGUAAGAAACUGCUACAAAACUAAAACGCAGCCUCGUGUGUUUGGCUCAAAAGAUUGAAUGAAUUCGUAUCCACUUAUACCUCGUUGAGAUACAUGUAUAAGUAAUGACAUUUUGACAGCCAUUGUCAUGAUGAGGCGUUUUUGAGGAGUUCUUUUUGUAGACCUCUCCAAAACACAAACAAAGCAUUCGUAGUAGUAUCAUGAUUAAGCAAAGAGGACCGGAGGAAUGGAUGAUUCAUGUUUUUGUUUAUCUCAGUAUCAUGUAUUCACCUGGCAAAUAAUUGAGGUCGAGAUCUCUCAUGAUCUCUCAAACUACGCAUUGGUGUAUGUGCUAACGAACUAUCACACUAGCAGAUUUUUGCUUGAAUCAUACAUUUCUUUAUCUUUACAUACUUUUAGAGAUAUUGUUAAAACGAACGUGGACCCUAAUUAUCAUUUGAUAUUUUACAUAUUUUACAUAUAUUAUUUGGUGUUAUAAUAUUAUCUAAAUUAAAAGUUACCAAAACACA